UGUUUCUGCUCUUAUCUCUGUUUGAUGAGAUAACAAGAUAAAUUAAUAAUAUAUUUAGAAGCAGUGGAAAAUUCGAGAUUCCUGAAAUUGUAACAAAUUUCGAUCUUCUUCUUCUUGCUCUCGAAGGUUUUCACCAUGUUGCGGCCAUUGCAGGUUCUUCUCCCAAGCUUCAAAGGUUACGGAGAGAAACCCUAAGCCUCCAUCGUGGCACGUGUCUGAAUUAUUGAAGGCUUAUUCAAGGUAUUUGUUUGUGUGCUUUGUUGAAAGUUGAUUAGGGUGUUAUUGUAUUCGGAGCUAUGAGAUUGUAUUGUUUAGCUUGUUGUGGUGGUGGUAACCCUCUUGUUGUGUUUGGUGAACCUUGAUCAUUGGGUUGGUGAAGAAUAAAAUGCCAUCUAAUUACUUAUCGAGGCUUGGAGCUUCAAUUCAGAGAUCGGUUGUGGGGAAAGAAAGGGGGAUAUUUGAAUCCGCUGAAAUUCUGAUUGGGCAAGGAAAGUUGUGGUUUGGUAGUUCCAAGUUUUUUCAUUCUGUGCAUAGUUCAUAUUGUGUGGAACUUAGCCUGCUCGUGCGCCCCGGCGUUGCCUUAGCUUCGAGCUCUGAAUUGGGUGGAAAAAGAAGAACUUUGUCUGUGGUUGACACACUGUCUCGGACAUUUUCGGUUCCGUCUGUGUCGGGGCCGUCGUUUCAGGUCUGUGGAUACCACAUUGGUUCUGCCCUUGCCGGACCUGAUCAGUUUUCCAGUGGUGGAACUGGAUUUAGGAUUAAGGCAAUGGCUGCUCAUUUGCCCGGGAUAGUGGUUGGUGAAUCUUAUGUGGACAACCUGAGUUUGAAGGGUGUUCGCCGAUCAGUGUCAACCAAGAGGGUUGGUAGUAUAUGUUUAAACACGAGUUUGAGGAAUGGUGGAAAAGUGAGCAUGAGUUUGAAAAAGCAUCAGCAGCCAGAUAACAGUGCGAUUUAUGGAUAUUUCAUUUAUAGUGCUGCCAAGACCUGGUAUAAUUCUCACCCUUACAUGCAGUCAGGAUCUGGAGCUUUCCAUAGCUUGUCAACCUCGUGUUACUCAGUUGGGCCUGCUCAUGACGUACCUUUUGACACUUCUGUCCGUGAGGAACAGUCAAGCAGUUCUGCAGAUUCAUCUGAACAGAAAACUCCUUCAGGCAAGACCCUUAAGUUAAUAUCAGCAUCAUGCUACUUGCCCCAUCCUGAUAAAGAAGAAACUGGUGGAGAAGAUGCUCAUUUUAUAUGUUCUGAGGAGCAAGCAAUAGGGGUGGCAGAUGGUGUUGGUGGAUGGGCAGAUCUUGGUGUUAAUGCUGGAUAUUACUCUCGUGAGCUUAUGUCCAAAUCAGUGGAAGCUAUUCAGGAGGAACCCAAAGGUUCAAUUGAUCCAGCUAGGGUGCUGGAAAAAGCACACUCAAGUACAAAAGCGAAAGGUUCCUCCACCGCAUGCAUCAUUGCACUUACUGAUCAGGGCCUUAAUGCUAUCAAUUUAGGAGACAGUGGGUUUAUGGUAGUCCGGGAUGGGUGCACCGUAUUCCGAUCCCCAGUGCAGCAACAUGAUUUCAAUUUCACCUAUCAGCUGGAAUGUGGUAGGAAUGGUGAUUUACCUAGUUCUGGUCAGGUUUUUACCAUUCCUGUUGCACCUGGUGAUGUCAUAGUUGCUGGUACAGAUGGACUGUUUGAUAACUUGUACAAUAAUGAGAUUACAGCAGUGGUGGUUCACGCCAUGAGAGCAGGAUUAAGUCCUCAAGUUACAGCCCAGAAGAUAGCUGCAUUAGCACGUCAACGCGCACUUGAUAAAGACAGACAGACUCCUUUCUCAACCGCUGCUCAAGAUGCCGGUUUCCGUUACUACGGUGGCAAGCUUGAUGAUACCACAGUUGUAGUUUCCUACGUUACCGGCUCAGCAGAUGCAUAAUUCCGUUUUGUUGUGCCCUCUGUAUAUAAUCACACUUUUCUAACGGUUGUGACAUGUUUUUAAGGUAACAUUUAUAGGUCACAAGAUAGUGCCAUUGAAUUUAAAUUUUCCGUCGUCCUUGUUAUGCUUGGUUUGUUUGUCCAACCGAGUAGUGGUUACACUGAGAAUAGUAUGUCCAGUUAGGGGAGAAAGAUAUUUGUUGGAGGUGGAGGAGUUAAGUUACCAGAGUCUAUUGACUUCUAUCAGGUGGACGUUAAUUCUUGCUGUCAAUGUUGUGAACAUAGCAAAUAAUGGAGUGUUAUCUCAUAAUUCCCUAUCACGAAUUAGGGUUACAUUUUUUGUUGAU